UCUUAAUCGAAGGAAAAUACAUCAGGGAAACAUAAACAUUUGUCAAUAGAUAUUGUGCUUAGGCGACUCAAAUCGUGCUUUUUAGGGAUUUUUCUUUGGGCGAAUUCUGUCAUUUGGCUUUUGUUCAGUCAUGGCACUUGCUGGAAUGUGUUGUUGUCAACUGUAGGCGCAGGCGCCGACAUGGAAGACGCUAAUCCAGUGAACGGAUCUGCAAUCAUUCGCAGGGAGAGUGAGCGUCUGUUUUGUGUGCCACCGAUACCGCAUGUGUCCAGCCCGACACAUGGUUCCCCUGGCCGCGCCAGCCGGACGCACAGUACUGGACGAGAUGGGGGUGCCGCGGGCCCGGUAACCAUGCUGCCGAAGGUGGUCGGGGGCUCGAUGGAAGAUGGUAUCUGGCACACACCGGAAGAAUUGUCCACCAUCGUGGAGGCUUCCGCGCUGCCGGAAAUGGUGAUAGGGUUCGACGGAUUCGAUCCGGAGAGUAAACACAAGGCCUGGCUGAUGGCGAUGGACUACGUGCAAAAGUUUGACAUCGAGCUAGACAAGACCGUUUACUACGCCGGCGAAGUCGUUACCGGGCAGGUCGUCGUCAUAACAACGGAAAACAUCAAGGUCAAAGGUAUCCGGUUGACGUUGCGGGGUAAGGCGCACACGGAGUGGCGGAUCAACAAGGCGGGCGAGACUCGAACUCUCAAAGAUGACGAGUACUACGUCGACGACAAGAAAAUCCUGUGGGGAAAAGACAAACAUGAAGAUAUAGCUACAAGCAUUUUGCCGCGUGGAAAACACGCAUACAAGUUCGAAUUCAAGCUUCCGGAGACGGCGUUGCCAUGCUCGUUCGAGAGCAAGAUUGGUCACGUGCGCUACUACUUUCGGGUGGUGAUGGAUAUUCCCUACGCCUCACCCCCACAGGCCAUCAAGUAUUUCACCAUAGUGGGGCCGCACAUUGACUGUAUGGAGGACAGAUAUUUGGCGCCAAAAUUUGCAGACGACAAACACCGCACGUGCUGUUUCUGUUGUAUGCGGGGUCUCGUACGUAUCCAAGCAACGUUGGAAAGAAGUGCCUACUGCUGCGGCGAACAGAUCCGAAUCAAGACGGAAAUUCAGAAUAGUAACGACGAACCUGUGUAUCUACUGUGCAAAUUCGUACAGUAUGUGGAGUACUACAUGAAUAAGGGUGUGCUGGGGAUCAUGAAAACUGUGAGUCACAAGGUAUGGGAGUACCAGGCAGAGGCUGUGCGGCCGCAGCAUACAGGCCGUCAGGACCACCUCCAGGACGAGCUUCAAGUCCCCGUCCUUCCGCCUACCAUGAUCGACGUAUGCGGUCUCAUACAGAUACACUAUGUGCUCAAGCUUCUUGUGAUCGGAGAGGAAUCUGGAGAGUUGAUGCAUCUGCAGUUCCCCAUCACCGUAGGAACUGUACCCUUCCGCAUCCCCAACAUGGCCCCGCCGGAAAUGAUGUACGAUGUGUCGGUAGACUACGUUGAGGGCGGAAAGUACAUCAGCUCCGAGUUCCAGGUCGGGCAGGUGUAUAUGGGCGACGAAGCAAACGAGGGGCAGGAGGAGGAGGUCCUCUACCGACCAAUAUACUCGUGCGUCCCCCACGACCGGAAACAUGUCACCAACACCAAGGGCGCAUGUGCAGGGGAGAGCGACACCAAAGACGGCAAGAAUGACUGUGUGUGUGAGGAGAUAAAUGUUGUGCCCAUGAAACGGAAGUCGUUGACCAAGGGGAAAUCAUUCCGCAAGGGCAGUUUAGUGAGAGGGGAAUCCAAGUUGAAACCGGAAGUGGUAACUGUGGACAAUGUGAGCACCGCCGAACCAUGGGAGGUUGUUGCCUUGAAAAAAGACUGAUCUGACUGGAUGUUGUGAAUCCUGGGCUUUGAAACAUUUUUAUAUUUUUUUCUGCACCAUGUUUUUACCAAGUGCAAAAGUGGGAUGCCAUUUAAUAUGUGCAUUUUAGAUGUUAAAUUUGCACUAAAAUAGAUAUUUCUAGUCUUGUACAAACUAUUCCACAUGUGUUCCGUGUGGCGGUGUAAAUAUUCAUUCCGAUGGAUGAUACCACAGUAUUCACCAGUGUUUUAUAUUUCCACAACUGUGCCUCAAGUUGUCUCUAUUUCGUUGUAAAAUUGUAAAAGUAACGCUUAGUUAAACGUGCAAUUAUAACUUGCCUAUAAACCCAUCGUAAUAAGUGCUCAGUAUUAGUGGUUCAAGUAUUUUAUUUAGUCCAAUUAGUAUGCUGUAUAUUUAAUAAGUUUUGUAAGAUAAUCAAACCAACCUAUUUUAAAAACAUCAAAACCACUGUCUGCGUUUCAGAAGUUUACAUGGAAUUCUUUAUU